AGUAGUAUUGAAGGCAAAGCUGAAAACGGUUUGUUUUUGCCGAGAGGAAGAAACGUCGCUGCUAUUCGCAGCUGCUACCUCGUCGCUUUAAUAAACGGUUGUGACAUUUCGUUUACGUCUGGUUGGUUUUUCGACAGCAGCUUUUGCCGUUUUUAGCUCGCCAUGGCUCUGUGCGGGGGUGUCGGAGCCAUGGCUUUGCCCAGCGAGCUUAUUGUCCACAUAUUCUCCUUUCUGUCCGACCGAGACAAGCUCCGGGCCUCGGCUGUGUGCUCUCGCUGGAGGGAGUGUUUGUUCUACCCCGCGCUGUGGACCGAGCUCAAACUGCGAAUAGGUGGUGGUGGAUGCUCCAGCUCUGACGAAACCCCGAAGCUUGAGUUCCUUAUGCGAAAGUUUGGCUCUUUUGUGCGAGACUUGCAGCUAGAACUCGCACCGGUGGAAGGAAACCUUAGCCAUCAGAACAGCGACCCGUCGUCCGCCAGAGUGGACCAGCCUCCGGGUCCCGAUAGCGACCCGCAGCACAAGGAGCGAUGGAGGGAUGCCGUGGCCACCUACUUGGACCAGGUGUUAUGUGUGUUCACCAGCAUCCGAAACAAUAGAAAUCUGCAGAAGCUGAGUCUGUAUGGAGACACAUUCAUUCUCCAGCAAGAGGGACUACUAGACAGCUCUCACCUGCAUGUAAUCCACCAGGGGGACAAAAAGAUCAAUGAAAUCCAACAGUUGUUUAUGGAGGUCCUCUCCAACAGCAGGCAGCUGAGGUGGCUGUCUUGUAGCUUCAUGCUGGGCCUGGUGACUUCCUGUUCUUUAUCCUGCCUGUCCAAUCCUUCAGCUGAGACCCUACAGCACCUAAGUUUACUGGACCAUCAGCUAGGGCCCCUCGUCUCCCCAUCUGAGUUGGAUCGCCUCUCUAACCUUCAUUCUCUGGCUCUCGAUUUUACUGACUUUACAUCUGAGCUUUGUGGUUUGCUGGCAUCUCCACGGCGAACUCCACUUCAUCGCCUCUCCCUGCUGCUCAACGGGGCCACCCUGGAGUUUAAAUCAUUAGAAGGGACCGCUACAGAGGAUAACUGGAAGGCACUGGUUCGUGUAAGCGCCAACCUGCGAGUGUACGUCAUGGCCCUGGAGGUCGACAGCUCUGAGCUCCUCAGGGUCCUAAAGCCGAGCCUUCCCCUCGAGCGACUUCACCUCGACAGUUACAGCAUGCCGGUGACCGACGCCACACUGGAGCUGAUCUCCCAGCAGUACAACAAAACGCUGACUCACUUCCUGCUCCUGAGGGAUGGCCCUGACUUCCCUGACCUCAGCAUCAAUCGUAACGAAGACCCUUUGGUCCUCUUGACAUGGAGAUGUACUCAGCUGGCUGUACUCGUGAUACAUGGUUACACUGUGUGGUCCCAUAACUUGGUGGCCAUCUCCCGACUGCGAGGCUCCAGCCUCCGUGUCCUGACCGUCUCCGAGGAGAGCAUCGACUUUGAUCCAGACCAGUCGGUGUGCGUAGAGGGCGACCCAGUCCACAACCUGGUGAAGGAGGUUUCUCUGGGCCUCGGCCGUGUCUGGCAGCCUUGCCUGGAUUCCAGCGUGUUUUUGUCCGAACCCACCCAGCACUUCCAUCAUGAGCUGCGCGCCUUCAGCAUGGGCAUGUAGACAGGGGAUGGCAAACCCAAGACAUCACAGCCUAAACUGUGUCAAGACCAGACCAGACCAAGACCCAACGAAAAAUCUAAAGUGGAGCUUAAGAAUAGUCUAUAAAUUAUGUGAACUGA